GCGAUCUCAUUGGAAUGUUUACUUUUGUAUGACAUGUAGAAGUGCCUUUUUAUUUCAAAUGUCUUAAACUAAUUUUUAUAAAUUUUGUAGCGAAUAUGUAUGUAUAUUUCUUUAGUUGUUAGUCUAAAAUGAAAUGGGAGUUAUAGAACCGUUCAAAAAAUGGAAACGGUCAUUAGACGUCUAUGUAUCAUGUAAGAAAUCAGUAUGUCUGUUUGUGAUAGCUUUGUUUUUGCUAAUAUAUAUGUGGCCUUCACAUUUUCUUAUGUUUCAUGAUGAGUCUCACUCUUUUGAAGAUGUAAUGAAUCAAUGCUCUGAUGAUAAUUUGAUACCAUAUCAUGAUUACAAAAGAGAUAUUACUAAUCCAUUCAUUUACUCUAUACCCCCAAAUGAAAACGAGGUGUCUUUUCUUCCAUAUGUAGGGAAUGGGUUUCUUGGUAUACCAUUGGUUCAUUAUCCAUCAGUCUACGUUAAAGAUAAAAGGACCUUAUCAUUAAAUACAAAAUGGAAUCCUGUAAUUUCAGUAGAAACUGAUUUACCAAUUAAAGAUAUAUAUAUAACAAAUAUUGAAUCAGGAACAGUGACUCGAGUGCAAUGUAUAGCUAAUGGUGUUCAAGUUAUUUAUAAAUAUUAUGCCCAUCGAACAAUCCCUCAUUUAUUUUAUCAAGAAUUAAAAAUAAAAAAUCCUACUAUGCGGGAAGUAAAAAUACAACUUAGUAAAGCUACAUAUCCAGAUUGGGCUACCUCCUCUAUGGAAGAUAGAGCAUCAUCAAAAAGAGAGUCUGGAAAUUUUCCAUUACAUACAUUUAAUGGCCAGAUUAAAAAUGUACAAAACAAAGAUGAAGUAGUAGCUUUUUUUGUUAAUAUGAAGGCUUGGCCAUCUGUAGUUGAGGUAAAACCUCAUCGGAGCACUUUUAUUAAUAUACCUUGUAUCAUCUAUCAGGAAAAUAUGAAUAUUAAGGAUUUCGAUCAAAAGAAACCUUUGAUGGAGAACAAAAGCAAAGAGAUCAUGCAACGAGUAUUAUCCAGUAGUUCUCUCCAAUUAGAACAAGAUCAUGUUGAUGCCUGGAAUAAACUCUGGAAAACUGGUUUGUCAAUUAGUCAUUCAAAAGCAGCUGGUGCUCUGAAUGGUGAUAGAAUUAAUGCUACAGUCUACUAUGUACUUUCUAGUGUGAAAAUGAAAAAUGUAUCAAAUUUGGAGAUGGAGAAAAGUAGUAAAAAAAACUACAUUUCAAUUGCAGAAGGUUGCUAUGGUGGUUAUCACCAUACAUUACAAGCAUUACGUCUUUGGAAAAAUUUAAAAACUUUUAAGGAAGUAAAUGAAUCGGUUUCAUUAUGGCUGUUAACUUUAGAAAAACAGGGCUGUCAUAAACUACUUUCUUUGGGUAGUGAAGGUGUCAUGCAAGCCAUGGUGCUUAGUUUUGGUGGUUUCCAUUUUAGCGCCCAUCAUUUAGAAUUCAAGAUUGAUCCAAAGUUCCUUCAUAGAGACUAUGUAUUUCGGAGGAUACAGUAUGAUUUCAAUACUUUCAUAAAUGUAUCUGUUACAUUGCAAGAUGACAAUAAAGCCCUUCUUGGUGUUGCUGUGGAUAAAACUGAAAAAGAUAAAGUUUAUUAUGCUUGUGACGGAGGCUGUUCAUUACAACCUGUAGAAUUAAGUUCUUCAGAAGUAUACUUUCCAGUGAAAAUGACUGAUCCAAUUACCUCUAUAUUGUAUAUAACUUCUGACAAAAAUCAUAUGGAACUUAUUAAGGAUACACUACAUGUCCACAAAGUUGUGGAAGCUCCAGCCUAUGAUCAUCAUGUUAUAGCAUUACAUAGACAUGGACAUCAUCUCGGUGGACUACCUUUGAUGUUUUGGGCUUCUGUUAUUUUCCUUAUAGUUAUAUUUCAUCUGUUUUUAUUUAAAUUAAUAUUUAAUGAAUAUUGUGGUAAACAAGAAAAAUUUAAAACAAGAUAUGCCAAAGUAUAAUGUUUAAUUAAGUAAUAUUUGUUAUUAAAUUUCUUCCAAUAUCCAGAUCAGUGAUGCUUAAUUAAAUACCAUAAAGGGCAAACUAUUUAAUUUAACUUCAAUUCAGAUGAAUGAAAUAGCUUUGUUUAGUAAUUUUUAAACCAUUCAUUCUCCUUCUUUAUCUGUGUUUAUAUACAUAUGUACAUACAUUACAUAUAUUUAUAUUAUUCCAAAUGAAAAAUAUUAUAUAUGACACUGUAAUUAUGUGUAAUUUUUUAUAUUUAUUUGAAAAAAGUUCAAAAAGAUUAUUCUGUUUUAAAUUAUUAUUGUUGGAUUAUUAUUAUUAUUAUUAUCAGGGUGGUCUAUCUUUAUUUACCAGAGACCUAUGUGAGCUUCCUUUUAACGCAUCUGUUUCUAUUUAAUAGAAAUGGAUUGUAGUAAAAUUAAUUUGUGCUUAUGGGUAUUGAGUGUCAGAUGUAAUUGUAUAAACGAUAAUAACAAUUUUAAACAAAUAAAUUAAUUUAAAUUAUGUAUUUUUGAAAUAAAUUUUU